CUACCGUUUUUACUCUUACAGUCAAACACAACCUUGGCGGUUAACGAUGCUUUUACGAGAGCCGCCAAAACACAAGCAGCAAGAAAAAGACACCUGACACAUUAUUGCAGGACACAUUCUAAAAAUCCAGAACUACCUGAUAAACAGCAGCUUGGGCAACUUCUUGUCGACGAUGACGAAAAUUAUAUCUUUUGCUCUGUUCCUAAGGUUGCCAGCACAACAAUUAAGGGAAUUUUGUUGAGUUUGCGAAAUGACAGCGAUAAAAUUGAGAAAUUUUCCGUGCAUACGCCGAGUUUGUGGCAACACAUGAGUCAAUUCAACAAGACGGAAAACUCAAAACGUCUAAUGACACAUUUUAAGUUCCUUUUUGUACGUGAGCCGUUUCACCGUUUACUAUCCGCCUACAAAGACAAAUUCUGGGGGAGUAAUCGAAUAUACACAAAUGGUUUUCGCCGAAUAAUAGUCCAAGAAUUCAGACCUCAAGAUAUUGAAACAAUCAGCACUACAACUAACAAUGUGACUUUCAAUGAAUUUCUCAGGUACAUCUUAACUUAUCCUGAUUCCUUCAUCUCCCGCGAUGACCACUGGAAACAAUACGCAAAUCUUUGUUUCCCUUGUGUCAUUCAAUUUGAUUUCAUCGGCCAUUAUGAAACGUUAGACGACGACGACGCCACUUAUUUACUAAAACUGGCGGGAAUUGACGACCGCGUGGUUUUCCCGCCAAUUCAUUCGUCGAGAGCUGACGAUGAUUUCCUCAAAUUCUAUUCACAAGUUCCACACCAGCUUAUUUUUCGAAUAGGAGAAAUUUUUAAGAAAGAUUUUGAAAUGUUUGGUUAUUCCUUCCCUGGACCCUUAAAAGAAUUACUUACAAACUAUACAAUGAAUACUAACUCUGAUUCUAGGAAACAUGAGUAAAACUCAUAUUUUUAAAGAUCCAUAUUAUUUUGUAAAGAGAGA